AUGAUACCGAAACUAUCCCAGUUCUCAUCCACUUUCAGCACAGCACCCUCACACUUUACAACAUUCUGGCGCGAACCGCAUCGACAAGCGGCCAAGGACAUCCGUAAAAGAUGGCGGCGCUGUGCACUUUGGAUACUUCUCGCAGCAUGGCUUGCACUCUUGUUGUUUGCCUUUGCUGUACUAAUAGCGCCAACUUCCAGCGUUGAUUCUGGAUCUCAACCAGCUUGUUUACCCGACGAUUCUUUUGCGCUGGACCCAUCAAAGUUUCGAUUCUUCAGCAAAUCUGGCUUCUUCCAGAUUACAUUGGGAUUUGGGCAUAUGAACUUCACAGAGGUGAAAACUAUAGACAUUGCCUGGGACAUCCUAGUCGGUCGCGGUGGGCAAGCUCUCGUCGCGUAUAUCUCCUGGCGCGUCUUCGCCCAGUAUGUUACAACAUCCAUGGAAGUCACGCCUGUCACGUUUGGGACAUAUCGAACGAUCUUUCUCCCGAACGGCGGCCUUCUCGUUUCUACUCUGUGUAUGAUCCGUGAUUUCGUGAGACGUCACGGGCUACAUUCGAAGAUAGCCAUGGUCUUCAUGGUAUGCACCAUGACUUUCACCUUCGUGUACCCGACCAUCGCCAGUGCAAUGACGGGUUAUAGCGCGAACGUUGAUGCUUUUAUCCAAACAACAGGGGGUGAAUACGUUCCAUUCAACGCAUUCAGCUUCGCAUACUUUGUCAUCCAUGACGGUUCGCGGAUCGGUUUAGAAGACGAUCAUAUUGCACUAGAUAAAGAUCCUGAAAAGAGUAAUUACCAGUACCUAAACAGGUUUGAACCAGUGAUUCCGUCGCUCGGCUUGCUUGAUGGGAGGUUCGGCACGUGCCAUUACAAUCGGAGUUCGAGUAUCGACAGGGAGUUUAGAAGUACGACCUGUGAGUUGCAGCGCAACGUAUCUAGGUAUGCUGCAGAAUAUGGCUUCAACAGAGGAGACAAGAUAAAUUCUACCUUUGGAGGACAACUUCUGCCGCCGCCUACACUUAACAUCUCAGCGCCAUCUCUGGUUAGGACCACGGAGUAUGAAGACUAUCCUUAUGCUUCUUACGAAGACCGCUUGUUUAGAGUCACUAACGACCCAUCGCAAAUGCUAUGGGCAUACGAUAACAAGACGUACGAUUUCAAUUACCUACAAGGGAAUGGAAAGUGUCAGGCUGCACUGGACUACAAAUGGGGAUUCUCAUACAUCCAACUAUUCAUUAUGGUGAUCUUCCACAUAGUUUGGACUCUUGGACUUUUCACCAUGUGGAUCAGAGCCUGCAUGGUUAUGAAGAAACGAGGGCGGGGCAGAGAAGACGUCGCAGGAGAAAACAAAGCUGUCUUUGAACUUGCAGCCGCGAUGCGAGAGCAAAUGAACGAACCUACAAAAGAAGAAGGCGAUGAUGUGUCUGCAUUGACCGAAGCAAAGCUACGACGACGCAUUACGAAAGACCUACGUGGAGGAUCCAUCUCAUACACUACUCCAUUACUUCCCAACGGGGAGAGCGGCGAGAAGUGGAAUGCCACAGCUUGGAUGAAGAGCCAUAAGUUGAGCAUCAUUGCGAUGAUCGUAUGCGUUGUGGCGAUGAUGAUCAAUGUGUUUGUUUGGAUACCGGACGACACCGGUACCAUCGCCCUACUUCCAUUACCCACCGUGUUGAUCGCCGCUUUGUACAUCGGGUCAACCAGGGCAAGUCGCGUCGUUUUGUUUGCCUGGAUCUUCAUCCUUGUCGUCAUCCCGAUGCAGAUUACUGUAUCUAUAGCUACAGCAAAGUAG